UUUUUUUAAUUUUUUUUAUUUUAAUAUAUUUUUUCCUAACUUAUUUUUACAUUUUUUUAAAUUUUUUGUUUCCAAAACUGUUAUAUGCAUACAAUUUUUAGCCAUUUUUAUUAUAUACAUACAUAUAUUAAUUAUUACUUAUCCUUAUACUUUUUAUUUUUAGCUUUACAUUUUUUUAAUUUCCUUAAAUGUUAUACAUACAUACAUAUGUAUGCCUUGUUAAACCGUUUAUUUUUGUGCUGCGGGCGGUGAGUUGCAACCAAAUUGUUGUUGUUGUUGUAAUUUUAUAGCAUAAUGUUGCGCGAAUUUCGUCAACUAAUUAAGAAAACUUGUUGGUACAGUUGAAACUAUACAUAUACAUAUAUAAAUAUAUAUGAAAAUAGUUAUAUAUACAAAUAAAUGAACAAAAUAUACUCCAAAGAAAUCAACCAAAUACAUAGGUAUACACUUAUUAAAUGCAUACAUGCAUAUACAUACAUAGCUCUAUGAACAAUAUGUAUACAUUUAUAUUUAUAUGUAUAUACAUAAAUACAUAUGUACAUAUAGGCAACAGCAUAUAUUAAUGUGCGCUUGUUGCAGUUUUUGGGCGGUCAAAGGGAGAAAGCUAAUAAAUAAAACAAAAAAAUUUAUAUAAAUAAAAAUAACAUAUGAAAUAAAAAAUUUAUAAGCGAAAUAAAUAAAUAAUAUGUGAAUUACCAACCAUACAGGGUCUAUUCUUUAAAGUUAUUAUUUUUGUUUAAAUAAAAAUAAAGCAUGAUCCACAGCGCCGCAUUGAAAGUGCAACGAGUGCACAUAAAAUAGAUGUAAAUAGUCUUAUGUACAUAUAAUAUAAUAUACAAGUAAGUUAGAAAAAAAAGAAUAUACACACCUAAACACACACACACAGUUAUACAUACACACACAUAUAUACAAGUGAAGAAGAAAUCAUUAUUAAAAAGGUUUUGCCAACGCACGGCAGAGAGAGUCUAAUAAAUAAGAAAAUAGAUCUAUAAAACUUGUUAUAUACAUAUAAACAAAAGAAGUUAUUUGUGAGCUUGAAGGAAGCGAACAUUUUUGCCAUAUUACCAUAUUAGAACGUAUUGAAAUAAUUGCAAUUAAUUGACUAAGAAACAAAAAACUGAAAUGAAACGAAAAUGUUUUUGUAGGCAAAAUUAGACAAAAAAUUAUAAAAAAUAAAAACAAAAAAAUCGUGAACAUAAUUCAAAAUAAAAACACAGACGUUUAUUGAACAUGUAUAUGUAUAUGUUCACAAUAUAUAUACAAUAUAAAACACUGAUGCAUAUACACAAUACAAAAGGAUAGGUAUAUAUUUAUUAUAGCAAUAGUUGCCCGUCUGUUAAGCGGAAUUUAAAAUAGUCUUUAACUGUUAUUUCGUUUAAGAAAAGCGUGGCGUAGCCAAAACAAAAAAAUAAAAAUAAAAAGAAAAGAAAUUAAAAAAAAAGAAAACAAAUAACCGCAAAGAGCAACAUGAUAUUUAUAUAUACACACACUAAAACGUUUAUGAUGAUAUUUGUUAGUACCUAAAAGAAAAUAUAUAUACAUACAUAUAUAUAUGGAAUAAUACUGUAAUAAUACUGCGAUUAAAUUUAACAAAAAACAAAAGCUAGAAAAGAAGUAGUGGAAACGUAUUUAUAAUUUUCACCAAAAUCGAAUUGUAAUACCACAGAGCGCUAGAGAACAGAACAACAACUAAAAAGUGUACGAAUAGGCUGCGCAUACAUUUACAAAGCCAAACUGAUAUUUUUGCCAAUUUAUAUUAAAAACAAAUUACAUACAUACAUACAUACUGUAGCUAUGUAACUAUGUUAUACGUUGUUUUUGUUGAAAGAUAAAUAUAUUAAUAAAAAUUAAUUGUAAACCAUUUCGUUUUCUUUUUUGUUGUGUUAACUUGUAUGCCAAAUGGUAUUUAAUUACAGCAAAUUGAAGUACACAGCAAAUAACAUAAGAAAACAUAAAAGCAAGAAUUACGUUUGAAGUUAACCGAUACCGAUGCAAUAGCCGAAAAAUAUACAUAAUAAAUAAAAAUAGAGAAAAUAUAAAUACAUAAGACGAAACUAUGAAUAUUAAAGCGUUUAUAUAUAUACAUACAUAUAUAUAGCAUAAUUUGUUUAAUGAAUGAUGAUGCCGUUAAUAAUGAAUAAAAUAUUUAAAUUGGUAAGAAACGUAAUGAAACGAAAAACUCAAAAGCAUAUGUGUUUUAUUUCGAUGAUGAGAGAGGGCGUGAAUGUAAGCGCGGGAUGAUGAGCAGGAUGCUGGUUGCAGAAGCAAUGCUAUCUAAACUGGAACUGCAGCGGCACGCAAUCUUACCAUCCAAUCAGCAAUUGGCUGCCACACCCAGAGCAACAACCACUACAACAACAUUGAGCAAGGACUAUAUAUUUUGUGAGCAAAAUAUGGAUAAUAUUGAUAUCGCCGACUAUAUUGAAUUGUCAGCGGAGAGUUUUGAGUUCAUAGAAACUGCAAGCACCGACGUGUCCUGUCUGGAAAUCGAUAAUAUUGCAGAAAGCUUUGCUGAUAUGAGCGAAGAAAAUGAACAAACUGUUGAUUCACUGAUAACUUGUUGGGCGCCAGUGUCAACACCUAAAAGGAGUGUGAGCAAAAAUCUAAACCUAACUAAAGCUAUAGGGGAGAGCGCGCCAGCGCCGAAACGCGAAGUGGUUUCGUAUCAACGUUACGGUCGUCAAAAUAGCAAACAAUUGCUACAAAAUAAAUUUAAAUGCCACUUGUGCGGCUUUGGUUGUGGCUUCAAGGAGACGCUCUUGACACACUUUAGACGGGAGCAUCCUACCUAGUGGUGUGGUAGUGGUUGUCGCAAUAAUUAGCAUUUAAGUUUUCCAAAAUGUAAAUAUUUUUAGACAAACACUUCUGUUUCGUUUUUGUAAAGUCAGGUCAAUUAUUGUGUAGCUGGUGAUAUGCAUUUAUUGCCAUUUCAAUAAUUGCUACCGUAAGCUAACAGUAGACGGUACUACCUGCGUCUGUUGUUUUUAUCAUUUCCGCCCUCUACAAUUCAGUUUGUCAACUAUAACUCCACUAUAACCUAAUGGGAAAUCCCCUCACGUUUGUGUUUUGUUAAUACAUCAAUGUUAUGAUCACCUAAUAGAUAAUGGUAAGAAUCUAUUGCUGAGAGAUUAACAUUUACAUAACUACAUACAUACAUUUGUAGUAUUAUUAGUGUUGCAAAUUAAAUUAAACAAUUUUGGCA